GACGUGAUCUCACCAUUGAAGGCCACCAAGAAGUGAAGACCGAACAUGGCUACAUCAAGAAGUUAACAACUGAACUUCGUCCACAGAGGGCUCUUUCUGAAGAUUGCGACCUGGAUGCCGUACACACACAGAUCGACAACAACGGACAACUCUCCGUGGAAGCUCCGAAGACUGGCCAACACACCAACAAGAGGGUCAUCCCAAUCAUGCCAGCUCCUAAGAAGAAAUAA